GUACCAACAGUUGGUGGCAGUUCCCCGGUGUACCAAAACAACAGCGCUCCUGCCUCCUGUCACACAUUUCUCUCUGACAGAGCAGCACCGCCAUCUCUACCUCCGUGGAGCGUGGAACCUUGAAGGGAGGGACAAGAGCGGUAGAAGGACCUAACGGACUGACUGUAGUUUUGCCUACAAGGUUUAUUUUGAGAAAUGAGUCAGCGUAUUAACACAAAAUUUCAGGUAAGGGGGAUUUUUUUUUUGUUCUCGCGAGCCCGGCUAGCAAACUAGCGUUAGCUGCAUCGCAAACGCCGGAGCAACCGCUACAAAUGCUGCGCGUGUAUUGUCAUGGAAACAAUUGCAGUAUUGUAGUAUUAGCAUAAACGACAUUGUUUACAUAUUCUUGACCGUCUAAGCAAAACCUGAGCACGUUGAUAAUGGCGGUUUUGGAGGUUUGGCUUCGUUUCAGCCGGUUAACUUUCAUUGACAUUGAGUUCAAGAGACCAUUUGACUGUUUCCACAUGUAACCUUGACUUGCUAGGUUUGCAACAGUACUCUGCAUGCAUCUAUCUCUACAGUUUGCUCAUUUACGUCUCUAAUGUAUGGAUAGUGUGUUCCACAUAAGCGAGCCAGAUAUCGCGAGUACUUAAAGCUCUAAUGUCAGGUUUUCCCCCAUGAGGUUCGGCAGCGUGACAUGCUCUGAUGUGGCAAAAAUGGUUGAAGUCAUGUUUAAAUAUAACUUAAGACCAAUCUCUAACUGUGGCUAUUUAAUGAGAUAUUGUGAGGCCGGGAAAAGGAGCCCCUGCAAAGCGGUGUUACAUGCUAACAGAGCCAGACAUGAGACUGUCCGGUUUGAGCCAUUGUUGUCUGCACUGCCAGUUAACUACACGGCCCAUCUGUCACACAGAGACCGCUCCUGUUUGACCUGCUUAUUGCAGACAGCCUGCAGCGUGUGAGACGGAUUAACCUAGUGGUUUACAGUGUGUGUGAACAGGGUUGUUUUUGUUAUUAUAACAAAUCAGAAAAAGGAUUUAGCUGCUAAUCAUACCAGAUUUAAACAUAGAUAUUUGUAUUUGCCUUAUAAUAAUAUAAUACCUGACAGAUUGAUGUUACUUGCAGAUUAUUUUCAAUAUUUAGUUGUAAUGUAACCUCUAACCAAAAUUCACUGGCCUGCAUUUGAACAUAAUGAUUAGUAUAUAAUAGUUAGAAUAUUUCUACAUUAUGUAAAUACAGAAAUACAGUGACUCUACAGACUACCCUGCUCUCACCAGGACUUUUUAUCGCAUGGAAACUUUCAGGGUUUCAUUUUAGCUUCCAGCACCUGUUACCUAAUCCCCCCCUACCUCCUCAUUCUUAGACAUCUUUGUUUUGCUUCCAACAAAGUCACCCCAUCAAGGAGAGUACUCGCGUUCAUUGACCUCUUUUAGAACCCAGCUCCCCCUCAUCAGUGUGCGGGUCACCUACACUACCACAACACAUGCAUGACAAUGGCUAAAAGUGCCUUCAUACACUGUUGCUCGCUGGUUACACUGGAGCAUUUACAUCAAGAGUCCUGUGUCCGCCGAUCUGCUUCUUCUUUGACACCUAUCUGCCAGUGUUUGGUGUGUAGAGAUUCUGAAAAUUGAUAAUGGAGUGGGAAAAACCCACAGAUAUCUUGCACACAAGAGGUUUAAUCACUGUUUAUGAACAGGGAAAAAAACAGGGGUUACUAACUAUCUUUGCUGGUUGAGGGUGGAUGCACUUCAUAGUUGUUUAAAAGGUUAACAAGACAGCAGCUGAUGCAGUGUAACAUCAUUUCAUGUAAUGUUCAUUUUGUGAAAUAACGUAACAGAGAGAGUUAGAAAAGUAGUUCUCAAGUCCAGUCCUCAAGGCCCACUGUCCUGCAUGUUUUGGAUGUUUCCCUGCUCCAACACACCUGAUUCAAAUGAUCAGCUCGUUAUUAAGCCAUUACAGAGCUUGAUAACGAGCUGAUCAUUUGAAUCAGGUGUGUUGGAGCAGGGAAACAUCUAAAACAUGCAGGACAGUGGGCCUCAGAGACUGGACUUGAGAACCACUGAGUUUUUUUUAUGAUCUGAAUACUGUCACAGUCAAAAUAUUCAACAAAAAAAAUCAAUGGAAUCAAAUAAUCAACCAUAAAAGCUGAGGGAGACUUUAAACCAGCCCUGACAAAUAAGUGGACUCUCCAAGGGCCCGUGUCCACUACUUGCUUUUUCAAAAUGAGCUGACAGUGCCCUCAGCCUCAGUUUCAGAGUACUAUUCAAUGGUGCUUUCUGUUGCUAGGUUAUGAAAGCUUCCUGGCAGCAUUUCCACCUCGAGAUAGGAGUAUAAAGCUAUGUUCACACUGCAGGUUAAAUUCCAAUUUUUUAAACUAUGUGACACAUAUCUGUUUUUUCCAUGCAAGUGUGAACAGUGCAAUUCUGAUUUUUCCAAAUCUGACCCAGGCCUCUUUUGUAUGUGGAUAUAAAUCGGAUAUAUAUCCGAUGUGACUGCAGUGUGGAUAAUCAGGUUGCAUUCAUCCAACCUAUACAUCAUCAAUAUACAGCAAACAUCACCAUUGUUCGACAACACAAACAGGAAAGAAAUUUGUGCUUUGUGCGCACAAAGCACAUUUGUCAGAUCGAACAAAAAGAUCGGAUUUCACAAAAAAUCCAAAUUGUGCAUCAUAACCUGCAGUGUGAACGUAGCCUUGGAUGUGUUUUGAAAUUCUUUGCAUGCUUCUUUGUAGAUUUUACAGGACAUAAAAGAUGAAAUGAUUAAUGACUAUGUUGAAGCAUAAGCAGCAGCUGUAGACCCAGAAUUCUUCCCUUGAAACAAGUGGUUACAUCGUGUUCUUACAGACCUCUGUGGUUGUUUUUUUUUUUUUUACAAAGCUGAUAACAGAAGUCUCACCUCUUCUUCGCCAUGAUUGGAUAGUGAUAGAAAGGUGGCAUUGACGAGUGCCACGGUGUUCCAAGAGCUGAAUAAUUCUGAACCUAGAGUACUCUGAAUGAAGCAACAAAAAACAGCUGAUGCCAAAGGAGUUUCUGGACUUUGGAUACUGAGUGCUAAAAAAUGCCAGAUUUCGUUGAUUUUGGCAGAAAUUAAACCCUACCAGUACAGGGUGUAUGGAUGGAAGAGGGCAGAAUUGGUGGAUAAGAACCCUGGGUUUUGAGUCCCCAAGGCUUUCCUGCGUGCUGGGAUUUGAUGUUAUGGAAGCAAGUUACCAGGGAUUGAGGGGAAUGUGGGUGGAUGGUUUUUUUGUAAGUAGAAAUCCAGACUGGCAUUGGUGGAUGAUCUGCUCUAGAUACUGUGUUUUAAGCAUUGAGAUAAUGAAGAGGUCCAAGCAAAGAGCUUUGAGGCACACCAUGGUAGAUGGGAGUUGCUGAUGGUGAAAGAUUGCUUUCUAUUUGGAAAAAAUGGACCGAAAUUAUGACAGUCUGAGUUAAAAGUUAGUUCAUAAGUAGUAGUAGUAGUAUAUAUAGCUGUAUACCAAUAAUGAUACAGGAGUAAAAAUAAUAAUAAUAAUAUGAGCACAAUACAAAACCUGAACCGUCACUCUUGCGAUCUUUGAUACAACACUUUGUGAGGAUUAUUUGCAGCUAUUUGAACCAGUCCAAAAUAUGUCUUUGGGGUGUUCAGAGGAACACAAAACAAUACAACCCUGCCUUACAUUAUUGAGAAAAUCAGGCCUAACUGGAACAAACACGUCAGAAGGACCAAACUCAUACUGGUAAGGUGAUGCAUCAUUAGGAAUUGGCACACCUGUUUGGUAACUAGUGGAUGUAUAGGGUGUCUCUGGCUCUCCUGUUGGGUUGAGGCUUGUGAUAUUUGGAUCCUGGCCAGCACUCAUAGCAUUUCAAAGGCUCUGCAGAAAUAGAUGGUACAUCAUAUGGAGAGUGACAUGUGUUUUCACAGCCCCAAUAAUAGUGUCUUCACUAUCAGUAAUAUAUUACCCCAAUGUUUUCUUUGAAGCUAAAUAGAUAUUUUCUAUGUUCUGAUACGAUCCAGCUAAUUUAUUAUUUUCACUCUGCUCCUUUGAAGAAGAAGUAACCGAGUCGUAGUUCCACCCCCCUUUUUUUAAAUGGAAAGCUUGAAGCUCGCCAGGACUGUUUGCUUGAUCUAAAAGACUUUCCUCUGUUUCCUGACAGCGUGCCAGCUAGUGGUGUGUGAUCUGGAGGGAGAGCGAUAAAGACAGCAGAGACUAUGGAGGUGUCAGAUGGAUUACUGCUGCAGGUCAACAAUGGAGAGCAGUGGUGUAACCGCUGGAAACAUCCCAACGAGGACUUGGUAAGCUGCAGACCCAGAUCAGCAAUUAUAUUAGUAAUUUCAUUACUCAGCAAGAUCAUUGGUAAGAAGAUCACUUGUGCUUAAUCUCAUCUUAGCACACAUUUAGCCCUCUGAUUAGCGUCACACUGUAUGAUUCCUUUACCUUUAAUGAUUUUGUGUGUGUGUGUGAAUGUGUGUUUAGGACCGCAGCACCAGCCCCUCAGUCCUGCGCUGUGUUGCCAGCACGUGGAAAGAAGGUCUGCUGAACAGAAAGAGGCCCUUUGUGGGCCGCUGUUGUCACUCCUGCACACCACAGAGCUGGGUAAUAUUACACUGCAACACAGCUAAUUAACUGUAACACGGGUUCAUCCAUUUGUCUCUUGUUAGGUUCAGGGCGUCAUUUCUUCUAAUGAAGAUUUGUGAGCCACAAAGAAAAGGAUAAAUACUCAUAGUAAGCUGCUGCAUUUUUGACGAGCUGUAACUUGUGCAAACUCUGUUUGUUAGGACAUGUGUACAAAGAGAUACAGUGGUCCAAACGGGAGGAGAUAAAAGUAGGAAAGACAAUCUCAAGAUUCUUUCUGGAUAACAUCAACCUAACUUUGGAGAAUCCUUUCAGCUGAAUAAAACAAGAAUGAAUAACUAGGUUGACAUGCUGGUUCAGACUGAGGUUUUUAUCAAAAAUCACACUGAGAUUUUUGCAUUUGGCAAAACAUGUCACCAUUCCUGCUGAGCCUGGACCAAUAAUCUUUACCUUGAACAAAUUAAUCCUCAGGAAUUUCUGAAACAUUCAGCAUUUAAUGUUAAGUUUUUGAUGCAUUAAAAUGGUUAAACUCAUUGCGAUUAAGACAGGGGUUUCAUCUGCUCAAGAGUAAAAAACGUACAUUGUGUUUGCAGAUAAUAUGAGCCCGGGGUAACAUAUAGAGGGAGAAAAGGAGUGGUCCAAAUAUUGACCCCUGGGGAACCCUGCAGGUCAACCCCACACCAGAUGAUUGUGAGCAGCCUGUAUCCAUGCUAAAAGAUCUGCCCUGAAAGUAGGAAUGAAACCAGUUUCAAACUGAACCAGACAUGCCAACCCAGUGCUGCAGGCGCUCCAGUAAAACCAAAUGAUCGACAGAAUCAAAGGCAGCGCUCGAGUCUAAAAGAAAUGAAACAGAAGAUAUUCCAGCGUCAGCAGCAAUCAGCAAAUCAUUUCACACUUUAAUGCAGAUCUGUGCCAGUUUCAAUGAUGUGUGUGUUUUGAAGAGGAGAUAUGAACUGAUUGGCUCAUAAACCUCUUUCAGAAAUCUCACUGGCAGGACGUCAAGAGCUCAGGAGGAGGGUUUCAUUUUCUUAAUCACUUUAGUGAAGGUUUCAAUCGAAACAGUGUAAAAAAAACUGAAAGACAGCUGUAGUUGUAAAAGAAAAAGGGGUGUAAUAUGCAUAACCAUUAAAAUUUCUAUUAUAAACUACUGCAAGUCUCCUCCCUUUUCCAGAUAAUCUGGGUUGGUUCAAAAAAGAGAAAAUAGGGGGUGAGGCUCCUAUCAGGCGGCUGAGUCACCAACAUUCAGCCAGAUUUCAGUUAACAUCAGAAAGUCAGUUGAGUUGAAGAUAAUAAGAUCGUGGCAAAUAAAAGAUUCAUUAGACAGAGGCUUUUUGUGGAGGAGACCAAAUUUAAAAGUGUGUUUAGUAGCAGAAACUGGAUUCAAAGAAAUAUGCACGAGUUCCUACACUUUGUAGAAUUUGCCCUCUUUUUUUAAACCCUGUAAAAAACAUUUUUAGUUGCUGUUUGAGAAAAACAAGAAAUCCAACAAGUCAGCAUCAUUGUUGACUGUUUAGAUUGGCUUGCUUGAAUAUGUAAGAGUAGCUUGUUUGAAAUCAAGGCGUCUUUGAUUGUAGACAAUGUGCAAAACAAAAAGCCACAUACUUGGUUUGCAAGAGUAUUUGUGGAAGUUAUGUCGAUGUAAGUAAUUCUUGUUGUCAUUAUGAAAACUGACAUUUUUGUUUCCUCAGGAGCGACUGUUCAACUCCAGUAUUCCUUCUUUGGGACUGCGCAACGUCAUCUACAUCAAUGAAACCCACACCAGGUACACAAAGCUAAAUCCUCUCUCACAUGGACUCUCCUCUUCCUCGGUAAUUUUGUUUAUCUGCUUGACAAGAGUGAGAUUUUGAACUUAUGUAACUCCACACUGAACUUGUCGGCCUUCACAUGUUUUCUUGACUUCUGAUGACCCUUAAACUUUUGCCUCCAACAAGAACAUGAGCUUUAACUUCUCCCACAUAGGAUAAUCAAUAUGGUGCAGAUAGGUGCUGGCCUUUGUAACUACUUGUGUAUAAUAAAUGGCUUUUAAGUGAAGGAGCCGUCUUGAGAUCAGUGGAAAGGUAGACAGAUGAAUAAUUAAGGGUGUUUGUCAGUGGACACCAGGUCCUUGCAUUGACUUGCAAUUGGAUGACUUCAGCAUUAAGACACCAAAACCUGAAGACCAAACAAAGUAAAUAUGAGCAUAGUUUAAAUCUUAUAGUGAACAGGAAAGUCUGUGGAUCGAUUCUCAUGAUGGAGGCUGAGAGCUUUCAAUCAACAAACCAAAAGAGUGAACUGAAAAUGUGCAUCUUGUUUUUGUUCUGAACUGUAUGAGCAUAUUCAGUGUCAGCUGGAGCUAAGAUGGACUAGAGUCAAUAUGGACACAUUGGUAUUGAUAGAUAAUCAAUGCUGGACAAAAGCUCAGUAAGCAACAUGUAACAGAUAUCUUAGCAAGAGUGCAUCUCUGGUUCCUGAAAAAAGUGUCAAGUUUACAGGAAGUCACACAUUUGUUUAUUUUACGAUGCAUGAAGCAUGUCUUUAAAUGUGUUGUGUUGUGUAGAUAUUUUAAGAACACAAGAUUUGUAUGUUCGUGUUCAUGCAGACAGCGGGGCUGGCUGGCACGCAGGCUGAGUUAUGUGCUGUUUGUCAUGGAGAGGGACGUCAACAAGGACAUGUUCACCAGAAAUGUGGUGGACAACGUGCUCAACAACAGCAGGUGAGACUCAAUGUAAUAUGAGACGUCAGUGCUGUCCGAGAGAGCCAAGCAAAAUGAGAAUAAGAAGUGACCUCUGCUGUAUUUAAACUCUAAUUCUGGACAGAAUACCAACGUUAUAUUUUGAAGAAAAGAAAAAAGCGUCAUUCAGAUGAUGUCAGUAUGAUAAAACAUGCAAUGUUAUCUUUUCUUGUUUUUUUCUACCAAAGGGUGGAGAGUGCUAUCGUGGCAGUGGCCACAGAUUUGGAGGCGGCAGCCAGCAAGCCGAGCCAGGAGCACAAAGCCAUCAGCAGAGUGAAGCAGAAAGCCCGAGCCUUUCUCCAAGAGAUGGUGGCCAACGUUUCACCAGCCUUCAUCAGGUACAAACUGUGUCCCUCACAACACCUCUCAUCAGAUUCUAGAUGUUUGUGUCUUUUUUUUCUUGGUUAAAGUAAGUUGUAAAAAAAAGCUUGGAGAACACUGUUGUUUAUCUGCUGCCUGUGUUAACUGUGUAAAAGUACCAAUAAUGUGGAGUAUAAUCAGUCACAGCAUUUUUACAUCUGCACAUCAUUUUGUUCAGGCUGACAGGGUGGGUCCUCCUGCGGCUCUUUAAUGGUUUCUUCUGGAGCAUUCAGAUCCACAAGGGCCAGCUGGAAAUGGUCAAGAAAGCUGCUACAGAGGUCAGCAGCAACUACACACCAAGACCAUACAUCGAACUAACUGAUACGCAUAUUUGUGACAAAUAAAGAGUCUAAAAUGUACUACACUACCAUAAUGUUUUUGCAAACUGAGGCGCACAGGGCACAUUGAUUAAAUACUGACUCGAGAUCAAAUUCACAAUGUUAGUCCAGCAUCUGCUUUUUUUUCUAAACACAGUUUAGUUCAAACAAUUUCUGUCUUGUCUUUGCAGCAAAAUGUGCCCAUGGUGUUCCUUCCUGUUCACAAAUCCCACAUCGACUACCUGCUCAUCACCUUGAUCCUGUUCUGUCACAACAUCAAAGCCCCACACAUCGCUGCUGGGAACAACCUGAGCAUCCCGAUCCUCAGGUAAAAGCCCUCAUGUCAAGUUUGAUCUUCAAAUGAGGUCUAUUUCUGCUCUCCCAGCACACUCACGCACUCACUCACUCACUCACACAAAAAAAAAAAAACACAAAAUCAGUUUGAUAUCAGAAGGAAGUGAAAUCCUCUGAAGUGAAUCAGAGAGGAAGGAAAGCUGAACUAAAGAGUCAGAAUCAAAACUGUCUAAAUUGACUUUUAGGGGUUUGUAUGAGGCAGGCAGCCUGGUCUGACAACAGGUUGUGAACUUGUUUGAUAGUAUAUCAUGGCCUGAAAGUAUUCUUUGACACCUGAAACAUCAUUAUUAAAGAAAAAAACAUCGAUUUUGAUUCAACACCUCAGGCUUUCUUAAGUUAGAAAAAUGGAGAAGAGAGGGAAAAUGUUUUGGCAGGAUUGGGUGCAGCUCUGCCUGUAUUGACUGAAUAUUCUCAAUAAUCCCUGCAGAACAAUGAUACCCUUUAAUCAAAGUUGUACCAUCAUCUAAAGUAGUAUUUCUGAACGCUCACAAUGAUGAGAAUGGCAUUCAUUGACCAUGGGAGAUUUAAUAACAGUGCAGCCAAGUGAAAAAGAGGUCACUGUUGCUGUGGAGUCUGCUCAUUUUAACUUUGUUGUUGUUGUUGUGUUUGUUGUUUUCAGCACUCUUAUCCGUAAGCUUGGAGGAUUCUUCAUAAGGAGAAAGAUGGAGGAGACUGAAGACGGGAAGAAAGACGUUCUAUACAGAUCACUGUUACAAGCAGUAAGUCCUCAGUCUGUUUAUCAUCUGCGACAAAAGCUGUUUUGACAUACUGUUCCCAAAUUCACUUUGUGUGUGAGUGUGCGCGCUCUCUUGUGGCUUUUUGUCUUUCUUGCAAGAUUUAUUGCAUAACAGUAAGAUGUCUCGCUGUAUUUCUGCUCCGUGCGAUCUUUUCAUUCUUGAGCGAGGAAGAACUGUUACAUAAUAUUUGCCCUGCUAUUGCUUUACUCUUCUUCUUGUCUUCAUUUGUUGGCAUGCUGCACAAUCAGUUUUUUGCUCAGAUUGAUGUCUCAGUUCUGCAUUUGACCUUCUGUUCAUAUUUCAGACACUGAUACUGAUCUCUAGUCAUGUCUGAUGAUCUUCUGUAAACACUUCUGCAGUAAAAGGAAGAUGGUGGUUGACUGAGAUGUGUAUAUACUGUAUAUAUACAUCUCAGUCAACCAUAUACACAAUGCGUUCCUUUAGACACUCUUUGGUCUGGAACUUCCUUGAAACAGCCUAUCAUCCUCUUUUAAAUAUUAAAUGGUUACUAUGUAUCCGGGCUAUAUCAGAUAUGAAAAUAAAUCAAAAGGAGAAAUGUUGCUGCUCUCAUCUUCUAAGAUAAAUUUGCUCAAGAGUAAAGAUGGGAAGAGAUUCAGCAUUUUUUGAGAGACCGGGUAAGAAAAUAGUCCAGUGAUUCCUGGAUAAUGUUCCUGAGUAGUGGUGCAACGGAUCACAACACUCACGGAUCGGAUCGUUCCUCGGAUCAAGAGUCACGGAUCGGAUCAUUUUUCGGAUCAGCAAAAAGCAGUUUUGUCUGUAUAUUAAACACUUAAAUGGUUGAAUUAAAAUAUAUAAAAGUAGUGCAUACGGCAUAAUAUCUUCUUUUCAACAUAAUUAUUAAUGAAAAACAACUUAAAGUGCAAUAUAUAGGCAUAUCUCCUUCCUUUAAAAUGUAACAAUGAACCAAAAAUGAAGUAUGUGCGCGGUGGGAUAUUGUAACGUGGCUCAAGCACUUUCAGCAUGUUUUUAAAGCCCUCGUUUGCACAACUGAAUAUGGCCUCAUGUCUGUAGCUAUAAACACACCGAUAGCGUUUGUGAUAGCUUUAACCCGGUCGGAUUGCGCAGGAAGAGGCUGCUUAAAUGCUGCGGUGAUGAGCGGUUGCUGGCCAGCUUUCGUUUUAUCUCAGGUGUUGUGACAUAGAAUGCACCCCCUGACGGGAGCGCGGUUUAAAGUACAUAACGAGGCGAAAUAAUCCAAGUUUUUCUUACAAUGGAUGGAUUCAAAAGCGUUUGCCUGUAAUAAUUUCAUUCAGGCUAUUCAAAGAAGCCAAAAACAACAGCCCUUGGAAUAUUGCUGUCCCGAAAAUAUAAUGCUCUCUACCUGGACAGCUUUCUGUACAGUUUAUACCCAAGUACACCUCUAUAUUUGCAUUUUUGAGACACAUAAAAAGAAAAUGAAAGUUUGCUGCUCCAUUUGACAUGUUGUCAUGAUCUAAUACUCGUGUUUCUUUAAAUAUGAGAUCAUUAUCGCCACUUUAAGAAGCUAACGAGUGGAGGGGAUGCAGGGGUGCGUUCUACGGCAGGGGUGCAGUCUACGGCACAACACCUGUCAUUAAAACACCCGGGUGAUGUCGCUUUCAAAUGCGUGAACAUGCUCGAUGUGUUUCCACUGUCAUAUGGCUUUCUUAUGCCACAGUGCCUACACACCUUCGCAGUUUUGUCCACUGACCUCUUUCCUUCCUCAUCAUAGUUGACAGGGAAGCCAAAUUUUUUUUUUCAGAAAUCGAACCGCGGGUAACGUGUGUGCCAAACCGAUGACGUCGAUCCGAACGGAUCACGGAUCAAUGAUGAUCCGUUGCACCACUAUUCCUGAGUGUUAAUUGCAAUAAACUGGGGUACUUUAUUAUCUCUUAAAGACAUCUCUGUGCAAAAGGGACAAGGCUCAAACCCAUCAUUGGAGAGCCAUGAUUGUUGGUUUCCUACACAGCACUGUGAAUGGAAAAUUACUACAUGGACUCAGAAUCACAUCUAAAAACCAUUGUUUGGGAACGCAGAUUGUACCUACAAAUAUAGGGUAAAACUGUACCAUGAAAAAGAAGAAACCACAUAUAAACAUAAUCCAGAAAAACUGGCAACUUCUCUGGACCCAAGUUUAUUUAAGGUGGACUGAGGCAGUGUGACAAAUCAGAAUCUGACAUUCACUUAUAAUCAUGGACACUGCAUCCUCUUCUCUGAGAGGAUACUCUUGAACAUCCAUGGUGGUAUUAUAGGGACGCACAAAUGCCACUAGCAUGGGUAACACACACAUCCAAAAUGACACCAUCAUGCCUAUGUCUGUCUACAAGUUUUGGUGCAACAUAUGCUGCCAUCCAGACAAUAUCAUGUUCAGGGAAGAUAACACAAGAGGAUGGUAAAUGACAUUUUGUGUAUACGACAACAGCAUGGCUCUGUAGUAGAAGAGUCUGGUGCUUGACUGAACCAGGAAACCCAAAGUGAUGAAUGGAACAACAUUUUCAACACUACAACUACAGACACUGGCCUGCUGGUCUCCAACCAUUGGUAAAGGGUUGUAAAAAGAAGAGUUGAUGCAACACAAUGGUAAAUAUCCUGACUGUUUUAAAAUGUGUUGCAAAUUUCUAUUGUUUCAUAAAACAGUCAGUUUUAACACUUAGUAUGUUGUCUUUGUGCUGAAUUGAAUCAAAUCAAAAUAUAAGCUUUGAAUUAUUUUCAAAGUCUCAUAAUGGUUUUCUGUCAACAUCUUCCUCCAUGUCCCCAAUAUUGCAGAAUUACUGAAGUAGAUGUGACACGGUUAGAAAUAAGUUCCCUCCCUGAUGAGUGUAAUUUGCAUCUCAAACAACGUGCUCGUGUUAAAAUCGCUGAAUGGGAAUUAGAGACCGAUUAAAACAAAUCUGAGACUUGUGUUCAGCUCUUGUAUUUGGAAAAUGUAGCUUAGCGGGCUUUAGCUAAUGAGGAAACGUGAUGGAGAAUUUAUGUUAAUGACUACUUAUGUUCAUAUUAUUGCUUUGUCAUGAGCAACUUGUAAUGUGAUGUCUCCACAGUAAAUUUGCAGUCGACAGAACCGCAAGGCUGCUUAAUGGAUUUGCCUUAUUACGCCUGCCUAACGGAGUCGGAGUAGCAGUUUAUUUGGAUGUUUGGGGUUUGUAUUAAGAGCGUUAAGAAUAAUGAGAGCAACAAAGGCCGCCUAUUGUGCCUCUUCAAUUAGCGUGUGGUGGCGUUAAGAUAAGAGUAAUCAGCUGAAGACAGGAGUAACUGUUGGAAACGAUAACUUCAAUUCUAUGCUGCGGUGUUUUAUCGCACAUUCUAGCAGGCAGGUUUGCUAUUGUAAUUGUGGAGAGUUAAACACUUCAGUAUGGUUGGAGAUAUGAUUUUGAUCCAGCCAGGCAGAGGCAGGAAAGCAAGCGAUAUACAAAAGGCGCUGCUCUAAUUUCAGUUCUCUUCUGAAAGCUGAACCUGAGUUUCCAUCCGCUUACUUAAAGUCGAGUGUCCAUUUCAGGACAAAGCUGCUCCCCUGAAAAGUGUCUACAUAGCAAGAGACAGCUGUGUGCACACGGCACUCAACAGGACUGCUUUGGCAGGUGCCCAGUUCUCUGCAGCGUGUUUGGGGGUCAAAUUGUUCGGACUGUUUAUAACUUAUAUCCAGGCUGCAUGCACAGCGGCUGUAAAGCAUUCACUGAAUCACAUGGAAGACAUUUCUGCAAGCUGCACUGUCUUAGCAGAUAUUGUGACCUUUACACACAGUGAUACUCUUACUUUUGACAUCUAGUUUUAUGCUUUUUCAUUUAACUUCAUCCAACAACUCUAACCUCCUACCAUUUUUCUUCGUUUCUGUUUAAUCUUCCUGCAGUACACGGAGGAGUUGUUGCGUCAGCAGCAGUUUCUGGAGGUCUACCUGGAAGGUACCCGCUCCCGCAGCGGUAAACCGUCCACAGCUCGUGCUGGCAUGCUGUCCCUCGUGGUAGACACACUAUACACUGGGUCAAUCCCAGAUGUACUGGUGGUGCCAGUUGGCAUUUCCUAUGAUCGUAUUAUUGAGGGCAACUACAAUAGCGAGCAGCUGGUGAGUGAAAACCAUGUUUGGUGUUUUUGUGUACUUUCUUUUGCAUUUCUUUAAAAAGAUCAGAGUUGAUGUUUGAACUGUACAGCAUGUCAUAAGCAGAGUUUAGCUUAUGGAGUACAACAUCUCUAUAUAGUUGUUGUCAUUUUGGUCUCAGGUCUUUAUCCUUACGUUCUGAACUCUUAAAUUCUACCAGGGCAAACCGAAGAAGAACGAGAGUUUGUGGGGAAUAGCAUGUGGAGUGUUCAGGAUGCUGAGGAAAAACUACGGUUGUGUCCGAGUUGACUUCAAUCAGCCUUUCUCCCUAAAGGUGACUUCUUGCAGAUCUGAAUCAGCACGAAUACAAAUAAAACCUCAGCUUUCUAUGCCCACAUAUGCAGCUAAAUAAAGUUUUUGUAAUGAACCUUUUUUUGUCAAAUGUAGGAAUACCUGGACAGCCAGAGGAGCCGCCAUAUUCCACCACCUUUGUCUCUGGAACACACAUUGAUGCCCUCCAUUAUAUCUGCACAGUAAGAGUGAACCCACGCAUAAAAACCCCACUUGGAAAAACAGUCACAUUACCCUUUGACCGUUAUACAGACAAAAACACAGCACCCCCACUGCCCCACCUGGAACAUCAUAAACCCCUCUGCCAAAAACUUGACUUCUCCCUCCUGCGACUUCACCACAGGGUGUGUUAGCUAAGCACAGCACUCGAGUUCACAUUAGCGAGGGUCACUCUAGUUCAGUGCUGAGAGUAGGGAGUGUUUUGAGUGAACCUGAUAAAAUGAUACAGUUAUACAGAACAUCCAAAUAGGACAGAGACUCUCUGACUCCUGCUGGUUUGGAGUCACAUGUUCACAUCUCUUGCAGACUGUAAUACUGUUUUGAAAAAAGGGCCUACAGCAUGUGCUGGAACAAAUAGAUGGAAAAUAUUGGCCUAUUUUCACUUGUAGGAAAAGAGUUAAGUGUGGAGACAGCUACAGGUACAGAAUGGUGAUGGCUAAUAAAUAAUCAGAUUUGCUUUAGUUCUGAUAAGUGUAUAUAAAUAACUAAGUAAAUAAGUGUGUAUAAAAAAGGACAGUUGUUAAUGUUUAAGUGUCUUUGUUCAAUGCCGAAGUUUGGUUUCAGUCAAAAUUAGCGCUUCAGCAGCACGUUGAAUUUGGUGAGGAACUUAUUUUUUAAACAUAAUGUAUUAGGGGUGGGAACACUGGGAAUCACCAAUGGCCCCACGAUGCAAUACUAUUACGAUACUUGGGCCACGAUACGAUAUUAUCACGAUACUUGAGCCAUGAUACGAUAUUAUCAUGAUACGAUAUUAUCACGAUACUUGGGCCACGAUACGAUAUUAUCACAAUACUUUGGCCACGAUAAGAUAUUAUCACAAUAUCACAAUACAGUGAGUAUUGCAAUACAAAAUAUUGUGAUUUAUACAUUUUUUCCAACUAUUUAGCUAAUUUAGCAUUUGUCUUUCCUUCAUGUUUGUCUUAUUUACACUGUAUUUUACUUCCAUGUAGCACAUCUUGCAAACCUUAUAUACAUUUGUUGCACUAAUUUUCUCUAUGAUGUCACCUCUACCAACCUCACUGGACAAACAGUUGAUUUUGUUUUUCCAUUAUUGUAGAUUUGACUUCAUAUUAGUAAUUAAUUAAAAAAACAUGAUAUUUGGUAAAUGAGAUGAUACGAUAUAUCACCAGACAAAAUAUCGCAAUACUAGGCUGUAUUGAUUUUUUCUCCCACCCCUAUUAUGCAUGGCACACCAAGCUGACAUUACAAAACAAACAUCAGACUUUAACAUAUGAAGGUGUGAUUCUUUCAGGCCUGAUGCUCAGCUCUUUGGGGGACAGGAGGAGGAACAGAUGAACCGAGAGCUCCCCGAUGACAUCUUCAGACGACAAGUUAUUAACAACCUGGCCAAGCAUGUUCUCUUCAGUAAGAAAUGAAAAUCACAUUCAGUUUUUAGUGUUGUUUAUUAUUUGGAAAUGUGUCUAACAAGAAUAAACCUACACUGUGUGCAGCUUAUAACUGCAUAUAGAACAGAGCCCUACCUUGAUCAUCAUACUACCAUACCUGUCACAGUCUCACUCAGCUAAAUUUCACUUUCUGGUAUAAAGCAGCAAAGAUGUCUUGAAUAUUGGAGCACAUUUGCUGCCUCGCUAGUCAGCACCCCCCUCUUUAAUCUUCCUUUUUCCUGCACACGUGUCUCAUUCUCACCCCCUGCUAAAAGCGCACCUGCUCGACAAAGCUUAAGCAGCGUCCCAGAAAUGUUAUCCAUCAUUCCACCUUCAUUAAUGAAAAUCUUACACAGCGCAGCAUCACUCCUCCCGUUUCACGUCACUGAGGGCCUUUCACCCCAGGGUAGCACUGCAGAAACCGGUUCUCCCCUGCUCAUUCAGCUGCAUUCUCCUAUGCUAGGCCUAUUUGGUUCUUAGCCCCAGCCAAUCAGGAGGGAUCCAGCUGGAUGGCAUGUUGUUUUCAGCCAAUAGGGGGAAGGGGAGGAUAGAGAAGCAGAAGAAGGGAGGAAUGCAGCACUACAUGCUUUCCACCUCCCCUGUGCUAAGCUAAAGAUGACCACUAGUAACCUUUUUGCUAAGACAUCUGCAUGUACGCCCACACAGACGUCCCAUUUCUAACACGUGUAUUUAUUGAUAUAGUUAUAACUUCUGAGCCUAAAUAUCACACUUAGUUACGAGUCAUAUAGUACUUUUUUGACCAAAAAAUGUAGUAAUUUCCAAAAUAUUCAGAAUGUAAAGAUAGUAUAUUUGCUAUGUAAAGUCGAGGCAAUUCCAUGCGAAAUCAUUGAUCCUGUUGUUGGUAUCACCUCCACCAAUGACAGACACUCUUAGUCAGUGAUUUGAUUGAUUUUUCCAUUUUUUUCAUAUGAGAAAAAUAGGUUUUCCAACUGUUUGAUGCUGCUUAAAAGAUAUAGAUAAGACAAAGUGGUUAUUUUUCUAAGUCUCUGUUUUUAAACUGUCUUCCAUACUUUUACUUUUUCCCUUAUAGCGGCUAAUAAGACUUCUGCUAUCAUGUCCACUCACAUCAUCGCCUGUCUACUGCUGUACAGACACAGACAGGUAAGCCUAGCUGUCUCCCGUGUCCCCUCUAAAACCUCCCCUGGCUCCAACCCUCUUUUCAAACCACAGCCUUGUUUCCUUUCUUCCCUCCUUCUUCCCUUGUUUCUCAUGUCUUCCUUCUCAUUUUGUCCAUAAUGCUCCCUCCCUCACACCAAGGUGAUCCAAAUGUCAUAGAGCUCUGCAUGGUAGUAAUGAAUGUCUCUCUUUGUUAGAGUUCUCGCUUGUCCUGCAUCCUCUCCCACCUCCUCUGUACAUUAGUGGUGGCUGUCUGCCCUCUGCAGGCGCUUUGAUGUAAGUGUCUAAAAGCAGAGAACAGUUACUGAAACAGUCUUUCUGUCCUGAGGAAAUGGGCCAUGCUGCAGAUAACACACUCAAACCUGUCUUUCUGAAUCCUAAUGGAGUCAGUGGUUUGUUUGUUUUUUUACAUGAUCUUUGUCUGAACUUUUGUUUUCCUCACUUUGUUCCUCCAGGGCGUGGCGUUGUCAAAAAUGGUAGAAGAUUUCUUCAACAUGAAGGAGGAGAUCCUGUCCCGGGACUUUGAUCUGGGCUUUUCGGGGAACUCUGAGGAUGUGGUCAUGCGUGCGCUCCACCUGCUAGGAAACUGUGUCAACGUGACCAGCAGCUCAAACCGCAACGGAGAGUUCACCAUCGCACCCAGCCAAACUGUACCUGCACUCUUUGAGCUCAACUUCUACAGCAACGGCCUUUUCCACGUCUUCAUUUCAGAUGCAAUUAUCGGUAUGUUGUGCUUAGAGCUUGGUCCUAUAAUCGAUACCCACGCUAGUGAAUCGCUUGGUGCUAAUGUUUUUUUUUUUUCAUUAUUCGAUGAAUUUGUGUCCAGCCUGCAGCAUCCUGUCUCUGCAGCGGGAGCUGGUGGUGGACUCAGAGCCUAAUAAUCAGACUGAGGUUCUCAACAGUCUCCCCAUCAGUCAGGAGAGACUCAUCCGCAAAGCAGCCGGACUCUCAUACUUCCUCACCAAUGAGGUGUCAGUGGCACCAGUAAGUUCUUAUUACAUUGUCAUUAUCUUUAUAAACUCUCCCAAGUAUUCAAUAUUUAAGAUUCAAGCUUUUUUCUUUUAUGAAAGCGGCUCACUGAGUAGUAAGAGGACAGCUUUGUCACAUAACUGCCAUGUGCCAUGUCUCUCCCACAGCCCUGCCAGACUAUCUACCAGGUGUUUCAUGAUGCAGUGACGCGACUGAUCCAGUAUGGGGUUCUCUAUGUGGCAGAGGUCAGUGUUCCAGUUUGAUCUUCUUCGCUGAUCGCUAGUUCAAUUCACAUAACCACCCAUUCUUUCAACUGUAUCCUGCUGAUAACCUGGCCACAAAGUAAAUAGACAUGACACAAAAAACUGAUUCCAGACUUCUUAUUCCAGUACUUUCCUAGCAUCAGCUUUUUAUUGCUUCUUAAAGGGAUAUUCUGGCGUAAAAUUAAGUUAGGGUCAAACACACCGUAAUACCUAGUUAGACACCCCUCGAGAGAUGAAUGUUGCCGACUGCUUGCUUCUCUAGUUACACCAACUUUAGUAACGACCGCACGAUAACAAUACACAGCGGUCUGAGGAGCCAUACAGAGGGUGCAGUUAGUGAAGAUGAGUCCAUCUGUGUGUUUGUGCGUGUCAGGAGGACCAAGAGGAGCUGAGUCCCAGCCCAACAGAUGAACCUUGGCCCAAAAAGUUCCCCGAGCCGCUGUCCUGGAGAAGUGAUGAGGAGGAUGAAGACAGCGACUUUGGAGAGGAGCAGAGAGAUCGCUACCUAAAGGUCAGUUAUUCCCACAAAGACUCAUUUGAUUGUUUUUUUUUUGAAGCCUAGAGAAUCACCACUUUGGCGCAGACCACUAAAACUGUCUUUAGUUGGGUUUGAUCAGGUUAAGACACAUUUGCUGACUUUCUCCAUUUCUGCCAAUAAGGUGAGUGUCGCCGCAGAGCACCAGGAGUUCUUCAUCUUUCUCCAGCGACUGCUCAGCCCUGUGUUAGAGGCCUACAGCGGGGCCGCUAUUUUCGUCCACAGUCUGAGCCAGCCCAUGGCUGAGUCCGACUACACCCAGAGACUCUUCAGAUACCUGCUCACUCGCACAGAGAGAGGAGUGGCUGCUUAUGGUAAAACUGCAGAAUUGACAAGACUUCCUCCAUAGGCUGUAUACUUGUGAAGCAGGAUUUAUCUAAUCCUUUGACAAUGAUUUUGUUUCCAGGUGAAAGUGCGACACAUUACUUGGUGAAAAACACGGUGAAGACAUUCAAAGAGCUUGGGGUAAGGGUCUCUUUCUUUCUUUAUCAAGUCUUUAAACAACUUAAGGCACAGUGAAGUUGGAGUUGGUAAUAAAUCUGUUAUUUUACAAUUUUCCUCAGGUUCUGAAGGAGAGAAAAGAAAACCGUGUGACCACUCUGGAGCUGAGCAGCACCUUUCUACCUCAGGCCAAUCGUAACAAACUACUGCAGUACAUCUUAGGUUUCACCCUGCUGUGACCGAGACCCCUUCAGCCCAGUUCAGACCCCACACUCCUUUCAAUCAAGGGCUUCAACUGGUUACUCCUAAAUGAUCCCAGGUGCUACUCUGCGGAAAGCUUUACCAGGAAGUGCCUUCACGUAACAGCCGCUAACUGUUAGCUGUUAGCCGUAAGAGACUUGACGCCAGUCUUCCCCUUUAGCUGCAGUCUAAGACGCGCUUGUCUUAGAACUGUACAGACGAAUCAAAACCCAUGUAUCGUUCUUUGAAGAGGUACCUCAAGGAAUCAUCUUUCUUUGGGAAGUUUGCCCGUGAAGUCAUGAGGUUUUAAUAUGAUCAAAAUUUUAAACAACCACUAAUUACACCCGAGCAGGUCAGCAAAUAAGAAUAACUUUUAUACCAGUUACAAUAACGCCUUUCGUCUAUACAAUUAAUCUAAAUAUGCAUAGAAAAUAACGGUUAAUAUUACCAGAAAACGUAAAGGUUUCAGCUGGUUUGUAAUGCUGCUGUAUUCUCUCCAGUGCGCUCCAUUAUCAUACAGUAGAAAACAUGUUAAAAUGUAGUUCGAUGAAUGGCUGACAGCUAACAAGUAAUGUACAUAAUCCACAAGAUCAGUCCCUGACUGGCUUGAAUACGUGUAGUCUCACAUCAUCAAGAUUAACGAUAGAGGAUCAUUAGAGGUAAAAAAAAAAAAAGUGUGCUGCAGCAGUAGACAAACAUAUCCACGUUUUUAUUUGCAGUAAUAAUCGAUGAGGGUCCAGUAUUAUGUAAAGACAGCUAGGUCAGGUGGACUGCACAGUCUCUAGGCAGCACUUCAGUGAAGCCGAGCAGAGUGUCGACUUUGACAGUUGGCAGCGUAAGCUUGAAGUCACAGCUAUCAGUAGUUAAGUGCAUUCAGACCACUAACGUUUAAGUGCAUUCAUUCACUCUUUUCUUCAUAGACUUUGACGAAAAGAGACGUUAACCUCCGACUCUGCUUCGAACCUUUUUUUUCAUGUUUCAAUGAAUGUUACAUAGCACAGCACUUAAAAAAACCGUCAUACCAGCCAUCAAAUCUACUUGAGUUCAAGCGUUCAAAGCUCAGUCACUCUUUGGUCAGGCCUUUCAGGGAGAGCAGACAUUUGGGAGAAUCACUUUUUUUUUUUUUUUUACCUGUUUUUGUAAACAUACUGUAUAAAAGCUGGUGUCACUGCUGAGAGAGCAGAUUGGCUCCAAAUGUCGUGAAAUUGUGGGACAGAGGAGGUGCAGUGUAUCCGAAAUAUAUGGUACAUAUCUUCGAUGAACAAAAGGUCACGUCCGUGUAAGUUUUGAGGAUAGUAACGUUUUCUGUUGUACUGUUUAGGAAAGAAGAAGUCAGAAGUUUACUUUGAAAUGCUGCGGAGGCACUGAUGUAUAAAAAAAACAAGGUUGGGUUUUCAGUUCGAAGUUUUACUCUCACGUGGAUUACUUUCACAAAAUCACAGUCCAAGAUAUUGCAAAAUAAUUUCAAACAAACAAGAAGACUCGAUCCUGAUCAUUUCAAACAGUUCUCUAAAAUGUUUAGUCUUUAUCAUGAGAAUCAGAGAAAUUACCAGAACUUUACUCUUAUGUGUAAACCUGGUAGUCAAACUGAAGUGCACAGCGCAGUUAGCUGCAGUACCUGUACCAGAUUUCCUGUUUUUGAAAUAUUACUUCAUGUGUAAUCAUAGAAACUGAAUGAUUAUGUGUCAGACGUAAACUUUAAUUAAGAACAGCUCAGUUUUGAUGUGUUUAUAGGAAAGAGGAGAAGUCUGUUUGAAGGAACAGAGAAAGUUUCAUGAGCUGGAGGGGAACUGAAAUCCUGUGGUUGAUAAUGUGAAGACAGACAAUCUGAAUGUUACAAAUCAACGUUCUCGAUCUGUCAGGGCAAUAAGUGAAUCUGCUGGUACACAUUAAAAGAAUAUUUAUAUUGGAAGACUAGUCUGCAGCACUGCUUGUUACUUUAACUGACUUUAAAACCUUUUUCUCGACAUUAUUUAUUUCAUAUUUAAAAUCUGCAUAUUUUCAUGCAGUUUUCAAAUGUUUGUAUAAAAAAAAAUCGAUGAAUGAAAUUGUGGCAUGUGGAAAAAGAGAAAAAGAAUGGUACUGAAGCAGGAAUGAGAUGUGAGGAGCAUUUCUGAGCCCAUAAUCUGUCAAACGCCCUCCACGCUGAGGGUAAUCCUCCGCCAAGAUAAAACCACUCGAUGUACUGUACUGCAUGUUUCCUCUGGUCGCCUUUAAUCAUGGACACUCAAUGUGAACUCUACUUAACCUGAGAGUUGUAUUUUACAGACUAGUGUGUGAAUUUUGUUGAGAGAAGGAUAGUUGUUUGUGUAAGAGAUGAAAUUUGUUACCUCUUGAAUGUAUCCCAUCUGUCCCCUCUGAAGGUCAACGUGAUAUUGUCAAAGACUCGUGGAGUCGGUACAGAUACGAUACGCUUUUCGGGGAUUGUUGUGACCCGUCACCGCUCAAGCUACAUUAACAACAUCCCUCUACAACUAUGUAACUUUGUAGGAUAAAAGAAGAAAUGCCUGUACCUGGGGAGCAGGUGCCUUUGUAAUGCACUGUAGUGUUCUUAGGUUGUGUUACUUUGUUUUUGUGCAUGUUAACAGGUUAUUUUGUGUGGAAAUCCAAAAGAACACUGUAGACUGUAACUUCAAAAAAACAACAACAACACAAGAGCAGUUAUCUUGUGGUUUUCGUUAAGAAUCACCAGCUACUAAAAAAGUGUCACUUUUUUGCUUUUUCGAAGAAAAGCACAAUUGGCAUUACAAGAUUUUGUUUUUAAAUAAAUUAAUAAUAGAUUAACA